AUGGAUCUUCUCACGACACGUUCGAGCAUCUUGAAGCGACUCGAAAACGACACUAGUAGUAACUAUAAUUAUUUACCUUCCGAUAAAUAUACGCAAUUUUCACCAACAGCCACCAUGAAUUCUUCUUCUUUUACUAAUGACAACGACAUACCAAAAGAUGAUUCAACACCCCAACAGUUAUCUUCCUGGAUCAUCGCUUUAAUAGUCACGAUUUCAUUCGUUUUCUUUUUACUCUUGCUCAGUUGUCUUUAUUGCUUGUUUCGUCAAUAUCGUAUUCAAGUGAAUAAUAAAAAGCGUCGUCGCAAUGACUCAAAUUUAAUUCCAUUCGCAGUGCUUUCCAGAACAGAAAUGACAACGAAAAAUCAUAACAACAGUAUUAGCAGUAGCGUCAACAAUAAGUCAAACGCAAAUUCAGUAUUCUCCGUAACUCAUAUUUCGUCUCAAGUAGAAAAACCAAAGAAAGGUCUUGGAAUACGUCUAAAGAAACUUACACCGCUUUAUCUUUUAUCAAAAGAGAAACGCGUGAAAACCUACCCUGGUAAUGAUCCUCUGAUCAAUAUGAAUGACGCGACCUACUGUAACAACAUUCUCGUGUCAUCACCCCCUUCGAAUAAUAAUAAUUUGGAAGACAUCAAGCAUCAAAAAAAAACAUAUUCUCCAGGUUCUACCAUUUAUAGCAUUAAUAAGAAUACCAAUUCCGCUGGUAACAAUAAGAUCCUCAGCUGCAUCUCAAAGCCUGGUAACACCAAUAAGAGUGGUAUUCGUCCAAGUGUAAGUUUCGCCGAAUUACCUGAAGUAACCUUAAUUCGUGAUCGUCAAAGUAUAAAUCAACGACAAAGUAGAUUCAUCAAACCACAAUUUCGUGAAUCGAUCGAGUCUGAAAGAGAGGAAUAUGAGAACGAUGAUAAUGAUGACGAAUCUUUAGAUGACUUCUGCGAUGAUAGCGUACCAACCAUUACUUUGAAAGAUAUUUUGAAUAUGAUUAAUUGCGAUAAUAGUAUUGCUAGAGAGUUAUAA